UUUUUUAAUCAUAGUGUUUAGGAAGCAGGUUACAUGUCGUGGCUCUUGUUGCAGAAUGUUCGAAGCUAUCAGCGGCUAACCCUUUAGCACUGGCAAUCACUGAAGUUGGCAAUCGUGCUUCUGCUGUGAGCACUCAUGUCUUUAUUUGUUUGUCUUACGAGUAAAUCUGCAAGUCACGAACAAACACACCAGCACUGAAACUCCAGAAUGAAGCAGUUCGACUACAAGAAGUCGGAAAGGAUGUAGCUAAGGGCCUAUGUGAAGCCACCUUGCGAGGGGCAUUUAAACCCCAUUCACUGUACUGUAACAAGUUAGCUAACGUUACAGCUACGUUAGCCUACUAGUUAUUUAUACCUUCCAUUUACUGCCACUAAAGAUUAUAGCCACUGAGGAGGCAGGAUGGCGGGAGCAGAGGUAUCCGCCCCUGCAAACCCCACCUGCAAGAUUAUGACCUUCAGGCCCACGAUGGAAGAAUUCAAAGACUUCAACCGGUACCUGGUGUACAUGGAGUCUCAGGGUGCACACCGGGCAGGCUUAGCUAAGGUGAUCCCCCCUAAAGGCUGGAAGCCACGUCGAACCUACGACGAUAUUGAUGAUUUAAUGAUCGACGCUCCGAUUCAGCAGAUGGUGGCGGGCCAGUCAGGGCUCUUCACUCAGUACAACAUCCAGAAGAAGCCUCUUAGUGUGCAGGAGUUCAGGCGGUUAGCAAACAGUGACAUGUACUGUACACCUCGCUACCUGAAUUAUGAAGAUCUUGAGAGGAAAUACUGGAAAAACCUCACUUUUGUCUCACCCAUAUAUGGUGCAGAUGUGAGUGGCAGCCUCUAUGAUGAGGACGUAGAAGAGUGGAACAUUGGACAUCUGAACUCCAUCCUGGAUGUUAUCGAGGAGGACUGUGGUGUGUCCAUACAGGGGGUCAACACGCCGUAUCUCUACUUUGGGAUGUGGAAGACCACCUUCUCCUGGCACACAGAGGAUAUGGAUCUGUAUAGCAUCAACUACCUCCACUUUGGAGAGCCCAAAUCCUGGUAUGCCAUCCCCCCAGAGCACGGGAAACGACUGGAGCGCCUGGCUACAGGUUUUUUUCCCAACAGCUUCAAGGGCUGUGAAGCUUUUCUGCGCCACAAGAUGACCCUUAUCUCUCCCUCUAUACUAAAGAAGUACGGCAUUCCCUUUGACAAGAUUACUCAGGAAGCCGGAGAGUUCAUGAUCACCUUCCCGUAUGGUUACCAUGCUGGAUUCAAUCAUGGCUUCAACUGUGCAGAGUCCACAAACUUUGCCACUUUGCGCUGGAUAGACUACGGCAAGGUGGCCACACAGUGCACAUGUAGCAAGGAUAUGGUGAAGAUAUCCAUGGAGCCCUUUGUGAAGCGUUUCCAGCCUGACCGUUACGCCAGCUGGAUGCUGGGCAAGGACUCGACUCUCCUCGACCACACGGUUCCCACUCCCAGUACGACACCGGAGCUGCAGAGCUGGUUACAGAGGCGCCGUAAGACCAAGUCUGCUAGCAAAGGCGGUCACUCUCGUAUGCGCUCCAAACGCCUCAGGACCACAGAGGAGCCGGUUGAUCUGGAUGGCAGCUUAGCACUGAGCAGCAGCAAGAGAAAACCUCUGGGUGGGCAGUCUGGGCCCAAGGCGAGGCGGUCCGCAGCAGGGACCGCCGACAAGGAGCUGGAGAAAGGGAAGAAAAAACAGGCCGAGCCCAAACACAACCAGAAUCAGAACUUGCCUCAGCUUUCUGCUUGCAAACAAAUGUGUGUUGUCAAGGUAAACCGUGUUGAGAGUAAAAAUUUGGAGUUUUCAAAAAAGGACACGUCUCAGUCGAACCCCCAGGCUUUACCGGUGGAGGGCAAGCUAAAAGCAGCCGAGUCUGACCCCCAGGACCUCUCAGUGGUCACAAACUGGAGCCCUGAAGGACCCAGAGAGAGUCCCGGGGCUCCACCGCCGCAUCUGGAAGUCAGCGAUUCGAGGUUUUCUUCUGCGCAGCAAGACCUCGACUCGCCUUCCGGCACGAACCAGUCUGCAGAGACUCUAAUGGACACAUGUCUCUCUGAACCUCAGGCUCACGUAUCAGCUUCCUCAACUUCAGCAUUAACUUUGAGCACCGACACUGACAGGAGCACGCAUACGGGUACCAGGAAUUACACUAACGACACUGUAAAAGCAGAAAACAUGGACGUGGACGUUGAUCCUGAACAUGUUAAUCAACACUCCGACAUGAAAGCACUUUAUGAACCAGCAGAGGGCGAUAGUUGCUCACCACGCGGCUUCUGUGCUGCCUCACAACACACUCAGAGUGUGGGAAAAGGCAGCACAGAGGAAAGCCUUUUGCCUCCCCUGCUGCAGAGGAAUGCAGCGGAUAUGCCACAGCUCACACCAGAGCCUGCCGGGAAGGUGGGCGCUUCCCCGUUGCCACCUGUGUUGACCCAGGAGAUGCCCUCCCUCACCCCGGCCGACGACGACUUCACUCAUUUCCGCAAAUCCGGAGCAUUAAGCCACCAGGUCGCACCUGUGCUUCAGAGGGAGACGCCAGCCGGCUCGCCAUCCUCACAGGAAGCCAGGGAGGAAGGGACUCGUUUACAGCCAGCAGAACCCUGUACAGGGGACCAUGACGACCGCUGGCAUUUAGAGGCUUCAGUUAAUUGUGAGGAGACAGCAGAAGCAAACACAGAUCAUUUAGCUGCCAGUGGUUUGUGCAAGAGAACAUCUGGCGACGUCCAUGAAAUGUUAAUAAAAUCUGCUGCGGAAGGAGAGCGCGCAGCGCUGGAAAGUUUCAUCCCCGAGCAAAGUGAUACAACUCAGAGCCAGCUGGUUCAGAGAAGCGCACAACUCAACUUGCCUGAUCCAAAUAAAGACGGCUACAGAACUCAGAGAGCCGGUGCCUGCAGUUCGAACGUCCUGCUGUCGUCUGCUAACGCUGUUGAUGUUCCCCAAACCCCUGAGUCUUCACUACACCCUCACCAUGAGAACCACUCAGCAUUAAAACCCAACUACCACACUAUGUACUCUAACUGUUCUUCCCAACACACUGAGCCUAAAACGUCCUCCAGCAGUAUCUGGAAGAACUUCACUUCCCAGAGUCCUGCGGUCCUCAUCCAGAGUCUGCACCCAGAUCUCCCGUCGGACUUCUCCCACGACCCUCUACCUUACACCAUGUGGACUGAACCUCAGUGCAAAGAAGUCACGGACCUGGAGGACGCCGCGAAGGACCUAUGCAGGUCAGAGAACCAGGAGGAUGAAGGUGGCGGUCUCACCUGGGCCCAGCUGGAGCCCACCUCGCUCCUUUCAGUCGGUGCUAUCGAACCUCUGGGACUCUGUGAGGAUUACGAGUUGCAGAAAGUGGAGGAGAACGGAGCUGAACCCGUGUCGAGACGGAGCGAGGCCGAUGCGCGCUUACACCCCGAGAGGGUGGCAUCGCUUCACCGGACCGAACAAGACGAGACGGAUAUGGAAGAUGAAGAAGCAUCUGAUCGUGAAGAUGAAGAGCAGCAGCAUAGUUUGAAAGGAUGCUGCAGCAGUGAUUCUUCAGAGGAAGAGGAGGAGAAUGACCCAAAUAACUACAAAUGUGAUGAAUCUGGCCUUGAACCUGGGGAAGUUAGUGCUUACCCAGCCCUGUCAGCCAAGAGGACCACUAAGAGCUGGCGUCACCCUCUCAGGAAACCCACCGCAAGAGCCGUCCCCACCGCUGUGAAACAACAGACUGCCAGUGACGAGGAGCCUCCCGAAGCGAGCCUGGCAGACGAGGAAGAGGAUGAGGAGGGGGAGAAUGAAAUGGAAGGAUGGGCAAAGCCUCUCAUCUACCUUUGGCAAAACAGAAAGAGCUGCUUCUCUGCGGAGAGGGAGUACAAUGCUCAUGCAGCCACCAUGGAGCCACACUGUGCUGUUUGCACACUCUUCAUGCCGUAUUAUCAGGCUGACGACAAAACCGAAGACAGCAAAUCUGUCACAGCGAAGGACCCCUCCAGAGCUUCGUCUCCAACGGAGACACCCCCCACGCCUGGCUGUGGCGGGCUGAGGAGAUCCAAGCCCCUGGUCCCGGAGAUCUGCUUUUCUUUCCGAGAACAGAACUGCCCCCCAACUCCUACGAACCCUCUGCUGCAAGAAGACGGCACCUCCCCUCUUCUGUACUGCCAGAGCUGUUGUCUGCAAGUUCACGCAAGCUGCUACGGUGUAGCUGCAGAAGACAUCAGCGAACAAUGGUCGUGUGAUCGCUGUUCGGAAGGAGGCUUUGCAGCUGAGUGCUGUCUCUGUAACCUCAGAGGUGGAGCCCUGAAGAAAACCCAAAACAACAAAUGGGCCCACAUGAUGUGCGCCGUCGCACUUCCAGAGGCGAGGUUCGGCGAUGAAGCCAAGAGGAGUCCCAUUGACACCAGUAGGAUCCCCAUGCAGCGUUUUAAACUGAAAUGCAUCUAUUGUCGCAGCCGCUGUGCAGGGAAGCGGCAGGCGGGCGCCUGUAUCCAGUGCUCAUGUGGCCGCUGUCCCACCUCCUUCCAUGUGACCUGUGCCCAUGCUGCUGGUGUCACCAUGGAGCCAGACGACUGGCCGUAUGUGGUGUCAGUCACCUGCCACAGACAUCAAUCACGGAGUUCGUCUGCUAACCAGCGGUUGUGCCAACCUCCCAUCUCACUGGGCCAGACGGUGAUCUCCAAACACAAAAACCUGCGUUACUACAGCUCCAAAGUGACCGAGAUCACAUCGCAGACCUUCUACGAGGUCAUGUUUGACGACGGCUCGUUCUCCAACGACACCUACCCCGAGGACAUUGUGAGUAGAGACUGUGUGAACUUUGGUCCUCCUGAAGUCGGGGAAGCUGUUCAAGUGAAGUGGCCUGAUGGGCUUUUCUAUGGCGCUAAAUACCUGGGAUCCAACGUUUCCUACAUGUACCAGGUGGAGUUUGAAGAUGGAUCUCAGGUGCUGGCCAAAAGAGAAGAUAUCUACACUUUAAAUGAAGAUCUUCCUAAAAAGGUGAAGCGUAGACUUUCGACAGCCUCAAGUAUGCGCUUUCAGGAUGCCUUCUUCACCACGCAGGGGGAGAGGAAAAGACAGAGGACACCAAACUCACGCUUCCAGAAUGACUAUGUGGCCCUGCCAGGCCUCCGUACGACUGCCAAAAGCACAUGGGAGCACCGCAGCCACAAAGGGAAAUGAAGUCAUGGAGAGAGAUCAAUGGCAAACGAAUGCACUGAGUUAACAGUGGAUGAGAGCUGUUUCUUUUUUUUGUGUGUGUGUGUUUUUAUUUCCCUCUGUGUGAGUGUAUGCUUGUGCCUGAGUCUUCAGGAUCUGCUUCCAUCCAUGCGGCCCACACAGAUUCCUUGCGCAAAGAUCACAGGAAGUGAUGAAACGGAAUCUCGGCUUGGUGGAUGCUGAUGUGCGAGUGGCUGGCUGUACGUUUGAUUCCCGUGACGAGGGAGUGGGCGGUGUGACUGCAGGUUGGAGAGGAAGUCUGGUCGGACUCACUCAGAGGAGGCGAACAGAGGGGGCUUUGCUGCUUCCAUCAGGGAAAACACACAGAACCCUUUUUUGAAAUCACUAAUCGCGUCUUUGUACAUUAAAAAUUCAGAAGUAAUUUUUUUUUUAACAGCCCAUAUAUGAACUUUUUUUUGGGGGGUUGUGGGAGUUAGGAUUGGGUUGACUUGCUUGUUGAGUUUCCAGCUUUGAUUUAGAUGUUUAUGUACCCUCCUUGUAAUAUUUUCACCCAUUACAUUUUUACUGCAUGUUCAACACUGUCUAACUGCUUCUUCCCGGCCAAGUCCAAGCACACCUCCACGGCCUCCUCUCUGCUUGGUUUUUCCUACCUUUUAAUGAUUAGAAUAUGUCAAUUCUACCAUUUGGCAAGUAACAGCAUGUUAAUCACUUCCUCUGGGAAACAUUCGGUCAGGAAGCUGCAGCUGUGUUGGACUUGGCCUCCCAUUGAUGUGAAACGCUACUGUUGCUCUGUUAAAUCAAAUCCAGUGUUGAAAUUAUUUAAAAUUUGUAUUUAUUAUUUUUUUGGCUUAAUAUUGGUAAAGUAAUGCCAACUGCUGUAAAAAAAAA